AUGGGCAAGCUCAAGCUAGUUAUGGUGGCGGCCAUGUCGCUGACGAACGGCAUCGGCAAGGACGGUGGACUACCUUGGCGGCUGAAAGGUGAGAUGACGUACUUCCGCAAUGUCACAAGUCACGUUGCAGACGAAGAGCAACGUCAAGGAACUCGGAAUGCUGUCAUAAUGGGAAGAAAGACGUGGGCAAGUAUCCCGCCAAAGUUCCGCCCACUUGCAGGUCGUUUCAAUGUUGUGAUCAGCCGAACGUCGAGCGCCACCGAUCUCGGAAUCGAUCCAGACUCAAACGAUGCCCGAGUAUUCUCGUCUGUCGAGCAAGCGCUGAUACACCUAGCAACGCCUCAAGCGAGCAUCAGCAGAGUCUUUGUCAUCGGUGGCGCACAGAUGUACACAGAUCUGCUCGAUUUCCACUCGAGCUUGGCGACAGUGGACAAAUUGCUCGUGACACGCAUUCUGGCACCUCUGUACGAGUGCGAUUCGUUCUUCCCGGAAUUCCGAACGCGCGAGCAAUACCAAGCCGAACUGGAGCACGCCAACAAGAUCGUCGCCGGCCAGAACGUGGAACCUGAACGGCUACCGAAUCUACUCAAGCAGCAAGAGUGGACGCAGGCAUCAGCCGACUCGCUGCGACAAUACCUUGGCAGCGCAUGCCCUGUUGCGCUUACUGACUCCAGAGACAUGGUGACGAGCGAAGGCGAGACAUGGUACCAGUACCAAUUAUGGGAGAAGACGGUGUGA